AUGAAGUACAAUGUUGAUAUCCCGAUCGAUGAAUUGCAGAAGCCCACAACAGGCCAUGGCGGCCAUCAACCCUUGAAUCCCCACGACGAAGUCUUGCCGAAAGGCUGGGUUGGUGAGAAGUCGACCAAGUCCUUGCCGUGCGAUAUUCUUAUCCAACACGACUUCGGCAUUAAGGUGAGAGAUGGCGCCAAAUUGUACUCGGAUAUCUUGCGCCCGGCAAACGGCUCCUCCAAGGUGCCGGCCAUCAUCUGCUGGAGCCCAUUCGGCAAGAAGUUCAACGGCAUGACCUCUCUCUCGUUCAUGGGCCCUUACAAUCUUGGAAUCACUGGAGCAGACCUGAGUGGCCUGGAGAAGUUUGAGGGUCCCGAUCCAGCGGAUUGGGUACCACAGGGAUAUGCAAUCGUCCACGUCGACUCUCGAGGAUCGUUCAAUUCUGAAGGAACCAUGGCCAUCAUGGGCACACAGGAGGCAGAAGACGGUUACGACGUCAUUGAGGCCAUCGCCAAGCAGCCAUGGUGUAACGGCAAUGUCGGCCUUGCCGGUAACUCUCAUCUGGCCAUCAUUCAAUGGUUCAUUGCAGCCCUGAACCCACCUUCACUCAAGGCCAUUGCGCCGUGGGAAGGUUGCGGGGAUCUUUACAGAGAGCAAUUUGCUCGUGGUGGUAUUUAUGCUGGCGACCUGUUUGACGACACGAUCCAGAAGUAUAUGCUGCGAGGCAAUCAUGGUAUCGAGAGCUUCAGUAAAAUGUUCAAGCAACACCCUCUUGCCACAGCUGACGCGAACGACUGGUGGAACGACAAGCGCCCGGAUAUGAAGAAGAUCAAGAUCCCCACUUACAUUACCGGUACCUGGACCAACAGCAUGCACGGCAUGGGUGCUAUUAGAGGUUGGCUCGAAGUCGCUUGCGAAGACAAGUGGCUCCGCUGGCAUCCAUACCAGGAGUGGUACGACAUCUGGGGUAAUCCACAGGCCAAGGAAGAGCUCUUCAUGUUCAUGGAUCAUUACCUCAAGGGCAUAGACAACGAUUGGCUACAGACCCCCAAAGUCCGUAUGGCGGUGCUACGCUUUGGUGAGACUGACGCUAUCGCAAACAAGGUCGUCGAGGACUUUCCCAUUCCUGGUACUGACUACCAAAAGUUCUACCUGCAAUCUGACAGUACAAUGUCAAACACCAAGAGCUCGACUGCAGAGAAUGGAACCAUGUCAUAUGACGGCCAGACCGGAUUCUUGUCGUUCAAGCAUACCUUUGAGGAGAAGACACAGAUUGUCGGUCUGCCGAAAGCGGUACUGCACAUGUCUUGCAAGGAAUACGAUGACAUGGACAUCUACCUCAUCCUUCGCAAACUCUCAGUUACUGGUGAGGAGAUGUGGAACUUGAACAUUCCAUGGUCUGCUGUACCAGUAAAGAAGAUUGCCGAUAUCCCAGAACUCAAACGUACCGAGGUACUUCUGUACAAGGGACCCACGGGUAUCUUGAGAGCAUCGAACCGCAAGAUCGACACUUCGAAAUCCAUGCACGAAAACUGGCCAUACUACACACAUGACGAAGUCCAAAAGAUAACGCCUGGUGAUGUCGUUAGAUUGGAGAUCGGUAUCUGGGCAAUGGGUAUCGAGUACGAGGCGGGCGAAAGCAUCGUGCUCGAAGUCAGUGGUCACUCGAGGGGCAUUGUGGAGUUUGGCAAGGACAAGCAGCAUACUGACAACAAGGGCCAGCAUGUGCUACAUCUUGGUGGCGAGUACGACAGCCAUUUGAUUUUGCCUGUCGUGCCACUUCUGUAG